GGGGAAAGGGAUGAGGCUCCUUUAAAUGGAGAGAGAGAGGGAGAGAGAGAGAGAGAGAGAGAGAGAGAGAGGAGAGAAGCAGAACUGUCUCCAAAGAACCAAAAAUGUCACAUUUUCUCAUGGGCAUUUUUCUUUUUGCACAACAGGGGAGAGAAAGGAAACUUUGGCCAAUCUCAGAGCCAGAGAAUAUGGGGCAUCUGUGGCCCUCCAGGCUGUUAUAGACUGCAAUGGGGGGCAGUGUGGUUUAGUGGUUAGAGCACUGGACUGGGACUGGAGGUUUCGGAUCAUGCCCCACAGCCAGGCCAUGUUCCUCUGGCCUCAUGAGGAGCCUCUUUUGUGGGGCUAGCGAGUCGGGGCCUAGGCCACGUGGAAAGGGUCUAGCAGGGUGCGGCCUUCACGCCCCACAGCCAGGCAAAUUUAUUUCAUACCACACCAUACGGCAGCCAUUUUUUGCCAUCCACCAUGGCAGCCAUCUUCUGUUUUGCUAUGUUCUCAUUGGUAGCCAAUUGGUGGACUGGCCCAUGUAGCACUUUCCCAAAAUUGGUCUGGCUCCGUAUAAGGCAGCUUCCUCUGUUCUUAUCAUAUGAAAUACCCCACUAUUUAUAUUAAUAGGAGCGCAGGAUGUUCUGCAUUUAUAUCCGUGGGGGGGGGCGAAUGUCAUGAGCGAUAUGUCAAAUGUGUUUUUAUGCUUGGGGGGCUGCUGUGUCGCUUGUUCCUGAACCUUUUCUUCCUUCCAAAUGCCCUGAAGAUCCAUUGCACACCUUGACUUGCAUGAAACCUUCUCUCUCUUAUUUUCUCAGGGAACCAGAGUGGGAGAAGGAGGAAUGAAGGAAAACAGAAAUCCGGCCUGAGAACGGAGGUCCCUGUCAAGAGAAUGGCCAAGAUCUCCUCAGGAUGUCUUCCAAGGUCUCCCCUGCUCCCCUCCUCUCCAAACCCCCCCUGCGGGUGAAAGAAGGCUCCCUGGUGGUCAGGUGGCUGAGAUUAGUGUCCAGUCUCCAGUUGUGUGCAUUCCUGAUGGAUAUUUUGGCCUUGCCGAUGUGCAUUGCCUCAGCAGCCAUUGUCAACUGGCGAGUGUGGCGUGUGGAAAACGUCAAGGGGAUUGGCUCUGGAAACAUCUGGGUUGGAAUCUGGCAGGUCUGUUUUUUGAAAGACCCUUCUAACGACGGAAACUAUUAUUACCAUUGUGAAGAGCUCCAUGAACAACAUCCGAACCUCCCGAGGGAAAUUUUUAUUGCUCAGGACUUAAUGGCCUUAGCUGCCAUUAUGAAUUCAGCGGCCCUUGGAUUGCAGUCAUUUGCCCUCUGCAAUGUGUUCGAGCCCAAAAAACAUAAGGAUUUUCUCUUAACCUUUUUUGGGCUUGGAGCUCUGCUGAACUUACCAGCAGGGAUACUCGUCCUGGUUUCCGUGAUAUGGAACAUGUCUGCUGUCUUACAAAAUGGGGAAAUUGACUUCCCUGAAACUUUUGAAUUGCCUCAAAUUCCCAGCGAGCAGCAUAUUGGACCUUCUAUUUAUCUAGGCUAUAUCGCUGCAGGUUUCCAGCUGCUGAGUGCAGCAUUUGUUGGGAUGGAGAGAUGUUGCAUCAGGACCACCGCAACAGAUACAUCUCAAAUAGAAACUGUAGUGGUGAUUACCCCAGGAAGUGCGGUGAAAAGCGAGAGUCUAACUACUUGUUCAAAGUGUGGUUCUCUGCUGGACCUGGCAAUUCAAGAGAAAUCCUCCGCAGUGGAGAUGGAGGAAACCCAUGCGGAAGAUCUUGUCAAAUCCUGCGCAGUUGAGAUGGAGGAAGGCUGUGCAAGUGAUCUUGUCAUUCCAGAGGAAUCCUGCACAGUUGAGAUGGAGGAAAGCUGUGCAAGUGAUCUUAUCAUUCCAGAGGAAUCCUGCACAAUUGAGAUGGAGGAAAGCUGUGCAAGUGAUCUUGUCAUUCGAGAGGAAUCCUGCACAGUUGAGAUGGAGGAAAGCUGUGCAAGUGAUCUUGUCAUUCGAGAGGAAUCCUGCACAAUUGAGAUGGAGGAAAGCUGUGCAAGUGAUCUUGUCAUUCCAGAGGAAUCCUGCGCAGUGGAGAUGGAGGAAAGCCAUACACCCAAAGCUUACCUGAAGGACAUCAAAGGCCACCUGAUGUCCCCAAACAUACGAUUUAUACAUGUGAUUCCCUACAACAGGGAGUCGUAAACUAUCAGAUGCAGAUCCACGCAGAUCGCUCCAUACAUGCAUAGAUCUGCGUGGAUCAGGACUUCAGGGAUUUUGGGACUUCAGGUGGGCUUUGAUGUCCUUCAGAUGAGGAGGCCUCUUUUUAUGAUUU